AUGCUAUCGUCCGGCCCAUGUCCAUGGUCUGUAGACGCUGAGGCAACUUACGCGCGUGGCUCAAGCUCCAGGCAUGCUGCCGUCCGGCGUCGGCGAGCUUUGGAGACGGCCUCUACCGGUGGCCUCGACACAGAAGGGGGGCCCGGUAGGUCGGAGGCUGCGAAGCAUUGGUCACCGGGAAAUUUAUAUAGGACAGAUCUUGAUGUAUUCGUCAAGUGCAGGCUGCAAGGGUCGAGAAUGCAGAAAGUGUUGACAUAG